AUGACGAACACGUUAAGUCUCAUUGUUAGGUACAUGUUAUUCGUGUCGGCACCGAACUUGACGACGGCAUUCGUCACUGAAUUCUUGCCUGCACCAACAUGCAUGGAUCCUCCUCUGAGCAUGUUCUUAAAUCAGGAAAAUCGUGUGUGGAUAAAUUACCCGUUCCCAGCUUCUGGCGUCACCGUUAGCGAUUGCUACCCUUCGGACAUCAUCGAGAGCUUGAACACGCCGUUUCGCUUACCUGCAACGACACCAUUGUCGUGUCCAAACUGGUACACUACUGCCACGCGAUAUACCGGCAAUUAUGCGGUAUGUUGUCCCUUAUCAUACACCCUCGCUCUAGCUCCAACAGGUGCUCCUGCAUCACGCCCUGCUCUGAGCGCUACUUGCUUCUCUAAUUUGCCGAGUCCAACGACCGUCAUCGCAUGGGAUAACGUGACCAUCACAUCAACACAAGGCUACAAUGAUCCUACAGCACAGGCUUUUGCUCUUGCCUUGGACGGGUUCAUAGCCAAUCCUACAGCGCAACAAACCACCCAAUCAUCGUCAAACAAUGCGGAAAUAACACAGCCAGCAAUCACAGCCUCAGAAAAACCAGACAGAUUAUUAUCUGGUGCUGCUGUCGCUGGAGUUGCAGCUGGAGGAAGUGUUGGACUUUUCACGGUGGUCAGCGCGAUAGUAUUCUUCGCAAUACGUUAUCAAAGGAAAGCAGAUCAUAUCGCCCAGCAACGGAGGCUUGCGGAAGCACAGGAGCUAGAUGAUGAAGGAAGAUACUGGAAGAAUGUUCUGGUGAAAAAUGUCACCCACACGAGGCUGGAGUUACCAGCAGAGAGGACGACCCGUUCGUUACCACCGGACAGACUAUGAUAUCGUCCACGCUUCAAGAUGAGAAAAAAAAAUCCGAACUCAGAUUAAAAUUGAUGUACGG